CUUUUACAAUAUGUAGGUCAACUUGGGGUAAAAUGGCGAAGCUAACAAGGGUUGUCAACUCCGCACAAGAAUUUUCAAUUUUUCUCUUCGUAUGUUCGUUUUAUUUUGUUGGUUAUUACCCAGCAUUGUGUAUUGAGAGCAAGUUCAAUUAUAUGGGCAAUGACACAAUCUAUUCAAUCUCUGUAAAUGGUAUCCCGGGUUCUUCUAAUGACGAGGACACUUGGACAGGUCUUGAACAGGGGGAACACUCAGUUUACGUUGAUUUCUAUAAAUAUUUUGGAUCACAGUUAGCUUCACAUUUAACUUCGCUUGAGUCCAGCGCCACUGUUAGUGGCAGUGUAGAUCUUGUCCAAGAUAAAAUCCUACCAAGAUGCAAAGCCUUUUUAGACUUAUUUGGGAUUGCUGCUUCAAAAUUUACUUCCUGUGCGAUAACAAAUGGGAGACCCAUGCGCUUUUGUGAGAGAUGUGUAGCAGAUUAUCAGAUAACUAGGGACCGCUAUGAAGAAAUUGAAAAGGAUGAUUACCAUGACACCACCACAGGCAUGACCUGCAAGGACCUGCUGUUGAAUGCUGAUCGUAUUAUGAUAAUACAACAUGCCAAGCAAUUUGUUGAAAACUUGUGGGAAAAAUCACAUUGCAAUUCAUGUUUUGCUCAUUUUGAAUACAAUAAGACCACAUCUGCUGUGACCUUUCAAUAUGACAAUCGCACAUUAGAGUUUCGGAAACGUCUCAUGCAGACAGAGAAAUGUAUGAACAUAACUGAGGAUUUAAUCCUUAGUCAUGUGAAUAAAUCUGCAUGUGAAGUGUGUCAGCCAGACUAUAAUGAUCUGAAUGAAUAUUAUAGUGGGAUAGAGGAAACACAAAAGCAUAAAGUCUGUAUGGAUAUUGCAGAUGCAAUGAAUAUGACACGGCUGCGAUGGAGUAAAACAUUCAAAUGUACUAAGAAACACCGGGACGUGGUGCCAGUUCUUCUGCUCACAGUGUUCUUCACUUUUAUGCCAGUUAUGUUUUAUAUUGGUAGCAAAAUUCAUGGUGUUAGGGAAGAGAGGAAAAUUAUGAAACAAAAGAGAAUGAAGACUGUAGUUUCAUCCAUGGAUUCAAGUACUUGAGGUUCUCCAGGAGUGCGAGCAGCAAAUCAAUAUGUCCACACUAUGUGAAUCUCUAUAAACCUUAAUCACUCCAAGCUCAUCUGUGAUGACAUUAUUUCUGGCUACUGGUCAUUAAUGAUCAGAUUUUCUUCCUGACAGUCUGUGUAAGAUUCAAGUCUUAUAAUAUUAUAAUUGUUAUUCAGUCUUGUAUCAGUGUUAUUUAAAAACCAUUCCACUGUGUGAUUUUGAACCUCUUUAACUUUAUUUCAAACAGAGUUGUGAGGAUCUGAGGAUUUAUGUUUGAAUUUAUUUGUAACCUAGCCUUCACAGGAUAAAAGAGGAGAUAUGUAUUUAAUCAUUGAACUUGAAAGUUUUUUUGUAUACACUAGUGUCAUCUGGCAGGAAAUGAGGAGGUGAAAAAAAUUUAAUUCUGUCAUGGAAGAAAGGAAUUGAAAGCAGUACUAUUAGUUUUUUCAUGGAUGUUAUAGAGUUCAAUUAAAUGAAGACAAUCAGUGUUGUGCCCCCCCCCCCCUGAAAAAAUACACACACACUGUAUAUGUUCAUUUUGUUACUUCCCAGCAAACAUAUAACAUUAGUAUAACGUUACCAUAACAAUUUUUGGUUAUAUCAAUGUUAUGGUAAUGUCAUAAUAACGCUCUGUGUUUGCUGGGUUAUUUGGUAAUGUUCUGGUACAAGCCAGCUUCUUAUUUCUUAAAACAAGCCUCAUCUGACAAUAACAAUGACCAAAUGAAGCUUAUUUCUGACAGAAUUAAAGGGAUAAUAACUCUUCGUUUUGGCCGAAAAAUGAAUUUUCCUAGAGUAAACAACAAUUUUCCCAUA